AUGAGAUUCUCUGAAAAAUCAAAAGAAAUUGCUAAAUUUAUCUUGAUACGCUUUAUUGUAUUUAUAAUCUUACUCGGAUUUGAUGCGUAUUAUUCGGAUAAGCCACCUUAUAAUGAUAUUGGUUGUAAAUCACCCAUAUAUUGUCCGGAUGAAUUUUUGACGACAAUUCAGUUAGCACAUUUAUUUAACGACUCAAAGACAUUUGUAGACAUGCCCACAAAAAAACCAAUUCACGAAGUUCUCCAAGCUUUUUCAGAAUUACCAUUUCCCCAUACUCGAUCUUCUCUGCGUGAUUUUGUUGACACAUAUUUCAGUUCACCCGAGGGGUCGCUCAUAUUUACAAAUUUUACUGACUUUAAUCCAUCCCCUGAAUUUCUCGAAAAAAUCAAGGAUCAUACAUUACAUGCUUUUGCGGGUAUAAUCAACAGUUACUGGCCGGAUUUAUCGAGGCGCAUUGCAAAGGAUAGAAAUUUAUGCGAGGGUUGUGUUGACAGUAUCUAUCCAGUUAAUAAUACAUUUAUUGUUCCGGGUGGUAGAUUUAGGGAAUUUUAUUAUUGGGAUUCUUACUUUAUCAUGGAAGGGUUGCUGGUUAGUGGAUAUUUUCGUAUGGCGAAAGAUAUUAUUGAGAAUUUUUUACAGAUAGUAGGCGAAAUUGGCUUUGUGCCAAAUGGUAAUAGAAUUUAUUAUUUGAAUCGAUCGAUGCCUCCACUUUUGACCCAGAUGGUUAAAAUUUACUAUAAAGCGACAAAUGAUUUUGAUAUGGUGAAAUCUGCAUUACCGACGCUACUAAAAGAAUACGAAUUCUGGCAAAAAAACACUACGGUUCAAAUCGUAGCAAAGAAUCAUCCUUCAAAGAAGAAAUACACCCUAAAUCGAUAUAUAGUCCACAACUCAGAUCCAAGACCAGAAAGUUUUCUCGAAGAUUACUUCACCGCAACGAACGCUACUUGGCUAAACGCGACAGGUCGAGAAAAUCUAUAUGCAGAUAUAGCCACCGUAGCUGAAACAGGAUGGGACUUUUCAUCACGUUGGGUUCGUGCCGAGAAAUUAACAGAAUACCUUCAAGAUACUUCCUUUACCAGACCGAAUAAUUAUGCGUUACUUCAGAAUUUAGAUACUAGAUCGGUGAUACCAAUUGAUUUGAAUUCCAUUUUGUAUAUGAAUGAGAUUGUGUUGGCGGAUUUCAAUGCAAAAGUUGGAAAUAAAAAAUUAGCAAAUUCUUUUAGAAAGCGUGCUAAAGACAGACGUGAAGGGAUGAUCGACAUUUUUUGGGAUAAAAAAAGAUUAAGUUUUUGGGACUUUAAUUUGACGAGUGGAACGCAUACGCCCGUUGCUUCUUUGGCUGCUUUUUUUCCAUUUUGGGCAGGCAUCUAUCCAACUGAAAUUACAAACAAUUUAACAGCAGCUAAAGAAUCAUUUAGAUUAAUAGAAAAAUUACUUGAAAAGUAUCCAGGGUCACUUCCUGCCACAGAAAUUGAUACCGGAUUACAAUGGGACUUUCCGAAUGCUUGGCCACCAUUACAAUAUGUUGUUAUUGAAGCUUUAAUGAACGUAGAAAAAUUAUAUAAUGAAAAAGAUAAUAUUAAUACAAUCAGAGAACUUGCGCGUACGGUAGCACAACGUCUUGUUUCAUCAGUUUUAUGUGCUUGGCUAGAAACUGGUGGCGAAAUUCACACUAACAACAUUUCUACAAAGAGAAAAGAGAAUUUCAUGAAUGACGUGGGUCAUAUAUUCGAAAAGUAUAAUGCCACGAAUUUGACUAUUCCUGGAGGUGGCGGCGAAUACGUAGUGCAAACAGGGUUUGGAUGGACUAAUGGAAUCACGUUAUGGAUUUUGGACAAGUUCAGUGAAAUAAUACAAGCGCCGGAAUGUAUUGCAAAAUUUAAGCGUGAAUAA